GGACUGCCCCUAAAACGGCUCAAUGAGUAGAGAGAGAACAGGAAAGAGCUGGCUGGGUGCAUGAGAGAGCGAGUGGAAGGAGGAUUGGUAGCUGGUUAAAGUGCAGGUUGCCUUCAGGUUUGCAAAAAGAAGAAACCAGGAUAAAUACGGAAGUAACUUUCCAUCAGUAGAUCUGCUCAUCUAUGUUCGUUCUGCUGUGGCCCACCUUGUCAUCUGUGAAAUCUGCGAGUUUCCAUCUUUGCGACAGGAGUUUACAUUCUCAUUGUGGUUAAGACUGGAGUGGCUUUGACUUUUCGUCAUGAGGAACCUCUGUGCAUUUGUGACUCUGCUGCUGCUCAUUGAGACUUGUUUAUGCCAAUUCCCACGACCAUGUGCCAACUCAGACGCCCUGCGAACCAAAGAGUGCUGUCCAGUGUGGGAUGGAGACGGCUCAGCCUGUGGCGCCCUAUCAGGUCGAGGUUUCUGUACAGAGGUGCUGGUCUCAGAGGAGCCUCAUGGACCACAGUACCCACACAGAGGGAUUGAUGACAGGGAGCGCUGGCCUUUAGCCUUCUUCAACCGGACGUGUCGCUGUGCUGGAAACUAUGGAGGUUUUAACUGUGGGGAGUGCAGGUUUGGUUACUGGGGUUCAAACUGUGCGGAGUACAGAGAAUCAGUGCGCAGGAACAUCCUGACCAUGUCGACAACUGAGCAACAGAAAUUCAUCUCUUACUUGAACCUGGCUAAAAACACCAUCAGCCGUGAUUACGUCAUCUCCACAGGAACAAGAGCAGAGAUGGGUGAAAAUGGUGAGAACCCCAUGUUCUCUGACAUUAACACUUAUGACCUGUUUGUCUGGAUGCACUACUACGUGUCCCGAGAUGCCUUCUUGGGAGGGCCAGGGAAUGUUUGGAGGGACAUUGACUUUGCCCAUGAAUCAGCAGCUUUUCUGCCCUGGCACAGAGUCUACCUGCUUCACUGGGAGAACGAGAUAAGGAAACUGACAGAAGAUUUUAACUUCACCAUCCCUUACUGGGACUGGAGGGAUGCCCAGUCAUGUGAGGUGUGCACAGAUGCUCUGAUGGGUGGACGCAACUCCUUCAACCCCAACCUCAUCAGCCCCGCUUCUGUCUUCUCCUCGUGGAAGGUGAUCUGCACCCAGCCAGAGGAGUACAACAACCGAGAGGCAUUGUGUAACGCUACUGGGGAGGGACCGCUGUUGCGUAACCCCGGAAACCAUGAUAGAAACCGCGUUGCCCGACUCCCCACGACAGCUGACGUGGACUUCGCUGUGGGCCUCUCUGAGUACGAGACAGGAUCCAUGGACCGAUUUGCCAACAUGAGCUUUAGAAACGUCAUAGAGGGUUUUGCCAGUCCAACGACAGGUGAGGCGGUGCCAGGCCAGAGCACCAUGCACAACGCCCUGCAUGUCUUCAUGAAUGGCUCCAUGUCAUCAGUCCAGGGCUCAGCCAAUGACCCUAUAUUCCUUCUGCACCAUGCUUUCAUUGACAGUAUCUUUGAGCGCUGGCUCAGGACCCACCAGCCUCUUCGGACCAGCUACCCACGUGCUAAUGCACCUAUUGGUCACAAUGACGGGUACUACAUGGUGCCCUUCCUCCCUCUCUAUAGAAACGGAGAGUACUUCCUGUCCAACAAGGCUCUAGGAUAUGAGUAUGCCUACUUAUUAGACCCUGGCCAGAGGUUUGUCCAGGAGUUCCUGACACCAUACCUUCUGCAGGCGGAACAGAUCUGGCAGUGGCUUCUGGGAGCCGGAAUUCUCGGGGCUCUGAUUGCCACAAUUGUUGCAGUAUUGGCAGUUGUUGCGAGGAAGAAAUGGAAGCGUAACCAGAGGAGAAAGAGGGCGUUGAGCUACGGAGAGAGACAGCCACUACUACAGAGCAGCUCAGAGGAAGGCUCAUCUUCAUAUCAGACCACCUUGUAACACACAAAUACUGCAUAUACAGCUAUCUAUCAAUAUAAAAAGCACUGAAUGACCCAGUGAGUGAGAUGAAUCUUUAUUGACUUCAUUUAAUAAAUUAAUGACAAUCCAAAUUUUAAGGUAUUAUAAUGGAAGUAUGAAUGAGACAGUUAUUUAAAACAGUCACACAUUUUCGACUCAUGAUAUGUAGUAGAAUGUGUGUGCCGUCUUUGACUUUGAGAUGUGCUCUAUUGAAAGAACAAAAAUGAAAUUAAUUUUGAGAGAAAAUGUUUC